GUCUCGGCCGUUCUGUGCCCAGCCUGGCAGGGCUCGGCCACAGCGAGGUCCUGAGCCCCUGGCUCCCCCCGCAGGGAUGUGGGAGCUCAGACCCCCCAGGGCCCAGGCAGGCAGCACCCCUGAGGGGCUGCGGUGUGGGGCUGUGCUGGGGGCCAAGGGCGCGUGGGCCCAGGUGAGCCAGCCCUGCUCACACCCCCCAGUGCCACGCAGCUCAGCCUGCCCCUGCCCUUUGUGUCCCUGCGGGAGAACCUGGACUGGGGGCUUCCCUGCCACCCCACACCCCCGAGCCCCAGGGCUGCGCGGCCCCUCGGAGCUCAGCCAGCGCUGCCAGGGGCGUGUGCAGGUCCCCCCAGCCUGGCACUGGGCUGUACUGGGCCCCGGGGCCGUGGCCGCUCUCCCCACAACACGUGCUGGGCGCCCGGGCUGCCUGGGUGGUGCGUGGGGGUUAAUGAUUAACCCUUUGUGCAGCGCCGCCCCUGCUGUUGGGCUGUCUCGCCAUUGCCCAGGCAACAGUGCCACGUCAGGUGGGAGGGUGCCCGGCCACAGCCCUUCUGCCCCCUUGCCCCUGUCUGCCCCCCACUCCUGCCCCUGCCCCUCUCCCUGCCCCAGGCGGGUGGCCGGUGCUGCUGGCCAUGGACUUCCUGCUGAGCUCCCAGCCCGAGCAGGAGGCGCUGGGCCCCGGGUCGCCCAAGCUGGAGGAGGAGGAGGAGCGGGACCUGAACAAGGCGCUGGGGGUGGCGCGCUUCCAGAUCCUGCAGCACUCGCACUCGCACCCGCGCGGCGUGGAGGAUGCCGGGCGCAGCUACAGCGAGGAGGACUUUGAGUACCACCGGCAGAGCUCGCACCACAUCCACCACCCGCUGUCGGCGCACCUGCCUGCGGACGCGCGCCGCAAGAAGGGGCCGCGGAAAGGCAAGAAGAAGCGGCGCCGAGCAUCCGCGCCCGGGGAGACGCCGCCCAUCGAGGAGGCCGAGGAGGACGAGGAUGACGCUGGCGACACCGAGACCGAGCGCUCGGCCGAGGAGCUGCUGCAGGGCAGCGCGCCCGAGGCGGUGCAGUUUUUCCUGCAGGAGGAUGACGCAGGCGAGCGUCGGACCGAGGAGUCGUCCGCCCCCAGCUCCCCGGCUGAGCCCAGUCCGCCCGCGCCCGUACCUGCCGCCCCCCACGAUGCCAGGGGUCCCAGCCCGGAGGCCGAGGAGGAGCGCGAGGCCGAGGGCACGGGGCCGGACGAGCCCGGCUCCCCCGGGCGCCCCUUGGCCAAGUCGCAGCCCGGGCACCGCAGCUACAACCUGCACGAGCGCCGGCGCAUCGGCAGCAUGACGGGCGUGGAGCAGGCCCAGUACCAGAAGGUGCCCACGGACGAGUCGGAGGCGCAGACGCUGGCCUCGGCCGAUCUGGACUACAUGAAGAGUCACAGGUUCGAGGACGUGCCCGGGGUGCGCCGGCACCUGGUGCGGAAAAGCACCAAGGGUCAAAUCGUGCACGUCAGCAAGGAGCACCGGGAGCCCAGCGCCCGGCACCGCAAGCACGACCGGCAGCCGCACGAGGUGUUCGUGGAGCUGAACGAGCUGAUGGUGGACAAGAACCAGGAGAUGCAGUGGAAGGAGACGGCGCGCUGGAUCAAGUUCGAGGAGGACGUGGAGGAGGAGACGGACCGCUGGGGCAAGCCCCACGUGGCCUCGCUGAGCUUCCGCAGCCUCCUGGAGCUGCGCAAGACGCUGGCGCACGGGGCCGUGCUGCUGGACCUGGACCAGAAGACGCUGCCCGGCGUGGCCCACCAGGUGGUCGAGCAGAUGAUCAUCUCGGACCAGAUCCGGGCUGAGGACCGCGCCAACGUGCUGCGGGCACUGCUGCUCAAGCACAGCCACCCGAGCGACGAGAAGGACUUCUCCUUCCCCCGCAACAUCUCGGCCGGCAGCCUGGGCUCCCUGCUGGGGCACCACCACAGCGCCAACCAUGUGGGCGAGGGCGCCGAGCCAGCUGUCACCGAGCCCCUCAUUGGCGCCGUCCCCGUCGAGCACGAGGUCCAAAUCGACAUUGAGCGUGAGAAGGAGGUGCUGACCCCGCCGCCGCCCGCCGGUAUCACGCGCUCCAAGUCCAAGCACGAGCUGAAGCUGCUGGAGAAGAUCCCGGACAACGCGGAGGCCACGGUGGUGCUUGUGGGCUGCGUGGAGUUCCUGGACCAGCCCACCAUGGCCUUCGUGCGGCUGCAGGAGGCCGCGGAGCUGGACUCGGUGCUGGAGGUGCCCAUCCCCGUGCGCUUCCUCUUCGUGCUGCUGGGGCCCAGCAGUGCCAACAUGGACUACCACGAGAUCGGCCGCUCCAUCUCCACCCUCAUGUCCGACAAGCCCUUCCAUGAGGCGGCCUACCUGGCGGACGACCGGCACGACCUCCUCAACGCCAUCAACGAGUUCCUGGACUGCAGCGUGGUGCUGCCGCCCUCCGAGGUGCAGGGCGAGGAGCUGCUGCGCAGCGUCGCCCACUUCCAGCGCGAGAUGCUCAAGCGGCGCGAGGAGCAGGAGCGGCGCCUGCUGCUGGAGCCCAAGUCUCCCGAGGAGAAAGCGCUGCUGCGGCUGGCGGUGGCAGAGGCCGAGGCAGAGGACGACCCGCUGCGCCGCACGGGACACCCGUUCGGGGGCCUGAUCCGGGACGUGCGCCGGCGCUACCCCAAGUACCUGAGCGACUUCCGCGACGCCCUCAACCCCCAGUGCGUCGCUGCCGUCAUCUUCAUCUACUUCGCCGCCCUCUCGCCUGCCAUCACCUUCGGGGGGCUGCUGGGGGAGAAGACGGAGAACCUCAUCGGGGUGUCGGAGUUGAUCAUCUCCACGGCGCUGCAGGGCAUCAUCUUCUGCCUUCUGGGCGCACAGCCCCUGCUCGUCAUCGGCUUCUCAGGGCCCCUGCUUGUCUUUGAGGAGGCUUUCUACACGUUCUGCAGGUCCAACGGGUUGGAGUACCUGGUGGGGCGCGUCUGGAUCGGACUGUGGCUCGUGCUCAUCGUGCUGGUGAUGGUGGCCUUCGAGGGCAGCUUCCUCGUGCGCUUCGUGUCCCGCUUCACCCAGGAGAUCUUCGCCUUCCUCAUCUCCCUCAUCUUCAUCUACGAGACCUUCUCCAAGCUGGCCAAGAUCUUCCAGGAGCACCCGCUGCACGGCUGUGAGCAGGCUGACGCCAACGGCACGAGUGAGGACGCGGCGGACCUGGGCGUGAGGAACGGGACGGCAGCGCCGGGGAACGGGACGUGGAGCCCGGCGGGCACCCAGGUGACGGGGCAGCCCAACACGGCGCUGCUGUCCCUCGUACUCAUGGCUGGCACCUUCUUCAUUGCCUUCUUCCUGCGCAAGUUCAAGAACAGCCGCUUCUUCCCCGGGCGGAUCCGGCGGGUGAUUGGGGACUUCGGCGUGCCCAUCGCCAUCCUCGUCAUGGUGCUAGUCGACUACAGCAUCCAGGACACCACCUACACACAGAAGCUGAAGGUGCCAAGCGGCUUCUCAGUGACGGCACCCGAGAAGCGGGGCUGGGUGAUCAACCCGCUGGGGGAGAAGGACCCCUUCCCCAUCUGGAUGAUGGUGGCCAGCGUCCUCCCAGCCAUUCUUGUCUUCAUCCUCAUCUUCAUGGAGACCCAGAUCACCACGCUGAUCAUCAGCAAGAAGGAGCGCAUGCUGCAGAAGGGCUCCGGCUUCCACCUGGACCUGCUGCUCAUCGUGGCCAUGGGUGGCUGCUUCGCGCUGUUCGGGCUUCCCUGGCUGGCGGCUGCCACGGUGCGCUCGGUCACGCACGCCAACGCGCUCACCGUCAUGAGCAAGGCCGUGGCGCCCGGCGACAAGCCCAAGAUCCAGGAGGUGAAGGAGCAGCGUGUCACCGGACUGCUGGUGGCCGUGCUCGUGGGCCUGUCCAUCGUCAUUGGGGAGCUGCUGCAGAAGAUCCCACUAGCUGUGCUCUUCGGGAUCUUCCUCUACAUGGGGGUGACGUCGCUCAACGGCAUCCAGUUCUACGAGCGCCUCCAGCUGCUGCUCAUGCCCCCCAAGCACCACCCCGAUCUCCCCUACGUCAAGAAGGUGCGGACGCUGCGCAUGCACCUGUUCACGGGGCUGCAGCUGGUGUGCCUGGCUGUCCUCUGGGCUGUCAUGUCCACUGUGGCUUCGCUGGCCUUCCCCUUCAUCCUCAUCCUCACUGUGCCCCUGCGUAUGUUCCUGCUUGCACGCAUCUUCACUGACCACGAGAUGAAGUGUCUGGACGCCAACGAGGCCGAGCCUGUGCUGGACGAACGGGAGGGCAUUGACGAGUACAACGAGAUGCCGAUGCCUGUGUGAGCUGCCAGCCCAGCCUCUGUCCACGCACCUGGCCUGGCAUAGGCAGAUACGCGACCCCCCUCCUGCUGCUCCUCUGGGACACGUGUCACCACCGCCAAAGGACCUGGAGCGGCCCUGGGGCCCCGCUGUGGACCCCGCGCUCACCCAGUGCCUUGCUCCCCAUGCCAGCAGGGAGGACAGCCCCCUGCCUGGCCGCAGGCACCUGCCAAAGAGCCCGCCUUGCUGCCCAGCUACCGUCCAGGGGCAAGGAGCAGGACCCUACUGGGGCUGGGGGGCACAGGGGCUGCCCCCUGCCCUGGCCUGCUCCGUCCAGCCCUGUGCCAGCCCAGCCCUGGGUGCCUCUGACAAUCAGGUGUUUCCAAGACUGCAGUAUUUUAUUUAAGACAAUAAUUGAACUAUCAAUCAAUGGCUUUGUAAGGAGCUGGGGCUGCAGCCGGGGCAGCUUCUGGGGCUCUGCAGCGGACGCCAGCCAAGCCUCCAGCCAUGGCUCUCCACCCUCUCUGCCUCACAGCCCAGACAGACCGGAGGUCCCGGGUCUGACCCAGCACCCAGCUGCCUGUUCUUGCCACAGGACCAUGGCAGAGCCACUCCUGGAUGGCAGAGACCACCAGGCUGCAGGGCUGGACACUGGCUGUCUUGGUUUCUCUUGUGCAUCCUGUCUGCAACCCUCAUGCCAACACUACGUGGCCCCCCACUCAUGGGGGAAGAGGCUGCGCUCAGGGACACUGGCAAUGUUCCCCUUUCCAAUGCCCUGAGCCCAGGCCGCCCCGGAUGGAUGCAGAAGCAUCACGUGGCCGGGCCGAGGGAGGCUGUCAGCCCCUGGAGGGGUGGGGGCCGCAUCACUGGGGCACCUGGGGUGCACAGGAGCUGCUCCCAGGGCAGCUAAUAAAUGCAAAGACAAGGUGGA